AUGGACGUGAAGAAGAAGCGCGUGGCGAUCGUCGGAGCCGGCCCAAGCGGCCUGGCGGCGUGCAAGCACGCGCUGGCCAAGGGGUUCCGGCCGGUCGUCUUCGAGUCCAGCGCCGCCGUCAGCGGCGUGUGGGCGCGGACGCUGUCCUCCACGAGGCUGCAGACGCCGGCGAGCACGUUCCGGUUCUCCGACUUCCCGUGGCCGGCGGGGACGGCGCCCGACGAGUUCCCGCGCCACGACCACGUCGCGGCGUACAUGGCCGCGUACGCGAGGCGGUUCGGCGUCCUCGAGCGCGUCAGGUUCGGCAGCAGGGUGCUCGCCGCCGAGUACGCCGGGCCGCCGGAGCUGGAGGUGGCGGCCUGGGAGCGGUGGUCCGGGAACGGCGAGGCGUUCGGCGACGGCUCCGGCGAGUGGCGGCUCACCGUGCAGCACGCCGGAUCGGAGGGCACCCAGACGUACGAGUUCGAUUUCCUCGUCCUCUGCGUCGGGAGGUACGGCGUCCCCAAGGUUCCCAAAUUUCCAGAGGGAAGAGGCCCCGAAGUGUUCCAAGGUCAAGUGCUCCACUCCAUGGACUACUCGCGCAUGACGCACGCGGACGCCGACGAGCUGAUCAGCGGCAAGCGUGUCGACGUGGUCGGCUCCGGCAAGUCAGGAAUUGAUAUCGUCGCGCAGUGCGCCGAAGCCAACGGUUCCAAGCACCCAUGCACAAUGAUUUACAGAAGCGCCCAGUGGAUGGUGGAUACCAAGCUUAUCUGGGGCGGCGUCAGUUUUGGGAAGCUUGCCAUGACUCGGCUGGCCGAACUGAUGGUUCACAAACCAGGAGAAGGAUUUCUUCUGUUCCUUCUCGCCACAAUGCUGACUCCACUGAGAUGGCUGACAGCAACGCUGGCCGAAGCAUACUUGAAGAUGAACGUUCCGCUGAAGAAGCAUGGGACGGUGCCGGAAUGCAGCUUCUCGCAGUCGAUCCUGGGCUGGCGGCUAGGCACCCUGCCCGACGGAUUCUACGACAUGGUGAACGAAGGCAGCGUUCAGAUCAAGAGGUGCGACGACUCCUUCAGCUUCUGCGCCGACGGUCUGGUGCUGGACGGCGCCGGCGAGCGCGUCGGCGGCGACGUCGUCAUCCUCGCCACCGGCUUCGACGCCGACCGGCUGCUGCGCGGCGUGUUCGUGUCGCCCCGGUUCCGCGAGCUCGUCGCGUCGGGGGAUCCGUCAGACACCAUGCUCCCUCUCUACAGGCAGUGCGUGCACCCGCGGAUACCGCAGAUGGCUGUGGUCGGGUACGCGGAGAGCGCGGCGAGCAUCUACCCGUACGAGAUGAUGGCCAAGUGGGUGGCGCACCUGCUCGACGGCGCGGUGCGCCUGCCCGGCGUCGCGGACAUGGAGCGGAGCGUGGCGGAGUGGGAGCGGUGGGGGCGGUGGGCCAAGCGGGGCGGCGGCGGCUUCUUCCUCAAGUCGUGCAUCGCCACCGUCACGACGUGGUACCACGACCAGCUGUGCCGGGACAUGGGGUACAGCCCGAGGAGGAAGAAGGGGGCGGGGCUCGCCGCCGAGUGGUUGCAGCCGUACGGGCCCACCGACUACGCCGGCAUCCAGUGAACUGGGUGACGUGAAGUCAAGCGUGAUGAGGAAAAAAUUAUCUGCUGAAAUAAAGAAUGCAUAUGAAAACGCACGCAUUAGUUCAAAAUUUGUCAGUCUUGAUUUUGUUUCACGACCACGGCUUCAUAAGAAGAUAUGUAGAUCA